CUGCAGUAAAGGCCUGGCAAAGCAUCUCAAGGGAGGAAACUCAGCAUUUGAUGCCUGAUGUGUGGAACCCAUAGACAAGUAUUUGCAUCCAAGUAUUUAAAAAAAAAUAAUCCUAAUAUAUAUUAUUGUUAGUUUGUCCAACUUUGAGCUUGUGAAAACAGAGGGACUGUGUAUUUAAAAAAUGGCUUUAGUUCCUAAAUGGGUAAUGCAAUGUUUUUGUUAAAGCCCCUGAAUUAAAGUGGAAAGACUACACUUCAAUCACAUCUUGAAUGCUUAAUUUCAAAUCCAUUGUGGUGGUGUGCAGAUGCAGGCUUAUGAAAAUUGUCACUGUCCAAAUACUUAUUGGCCUGACUGUACACUAUAUUAACUAUUUCUGAGUGAUUCAGAGAAGCCGUACCUCUGUGGACAAUGUGGACGGAGCUAUACUCAUUCAAGUUCAUUUAGGACUCACACGUGCUCUAAGAUAAAGCCAUCGUCUGUUGACGUGAAUUUGUCAAAAUGUACCACUGCUCAGAUUGUGGGAAGAGUUUUACUAAAACUCAACAUCUUAAAAAUCACAAGUGCAUUCACACAGAAGACAAGCCGCAUCAUUGUGGACAGUGUGGGAAGAGUUUUACUUGUCAGAGUCAUCUCAAACAACACCAGCGCAUUCACACAGGAGAAAAGCCGUAUCACUGCUCACAGUGUGGAAAUAGUUUUACUUGUCAGAGUCAUCUCAAACAACACCAGCGCAUUCACACAGGAGUGAAGCCGUAUCACUGUGGACAGUGUGGGAAGAGUUUUUAUCAAGAGGGUAAUCUUCGGACACACAAGCGCAUUCACACAGGAGAGAAGCCGUAUCACUGUGGACAGUGUGGGAAGAGUUUUAGUUUCCAGAGUAAUCUCCAAGUACACAAGCGCAUUCACACGGGAGAGAAGCCAUAUUACUGCUCCCACUGUGGAAAUAGUUUUACUCGUCAGAGUAAUCUCCAACAACAUGAGCUCAUUCACACAGGAGAGAAGCCGUAUCACUGCUCACAGUGUGGGAAGAGUUUUACUUGUCAGAGUCAUCUCCAACAACACCAGCGCAUUCACACAGGAGAGAAGCCGUAUCACUGCUCACAGUGUGGGAAGAGUUUUACUUCCCAGAGUAAUCUCCAAGUACACGAGCGCAUUCACACGGGAGAGAAGCCAUAUUACUGCUUCCAGUGUGGAAAUAGUUUUACUCGUCAGAGUCAUCUCCAACGACAUGAGCACAUUCACACAGGAGAGAAGCCGUAUCACUGCUCACAGUGUUGGAAGAGUUUUACACGAGAAAGUCAUUUCCAACAACACCAGCGCAUUCACACAGGAGAGAAGCCGUAUCUCUGUGGACAGUGUGGGAAGAGUUUUAAUCAAGAAGGUAAUCUUCGGACACACCAGCGCAUACACACAGGAGAGAAGCCUUAUCACUGCUCAGAGUGUGGGAAAAGUUUUCGUUACCAUAGUGCCCUCUACAGCCACCAGCAGUGUCAUACAGGACAGAAGCCGUACCUCUGUGGACACUGUGGACGGAGCUAUGCUCAUGCAAGAUCAUUAAGGAUACACAAGUGCUCUAACAUAAAGCCAUCAGCUCUUGACAAGUGAAUUUGUCAAUUUAUGAUACAUGUUUUUAAAUAUAUAUAUAUUAUUUGUCAUGGAAUGUAGUAUUCUAUUGCACAGGACUGUAUUGCUUACGGUCUACAUUUUAGCAGAAUUCAUGAUUGUCAUUUUCCUGGUUUCCCCCCACUGUAAUCAACCAAUCCAGACCUCUGAGUGAGGCACAUGACUCUGACAUCUCCCUUUGACAUAAGCGCAAACAACCCCAAACAGAGGUAUUGUAUUAUACAUAUAGCGACAUGUUUAAUUUUAAUUGAUUUUUAAAUGCGAGCUAGAAUUUCUUUUCUAAAAUGUCACAUUGUGCAUACUAUCGAACUGGACACAUUUCCAAGCUAACAGAAGAUGAUUGUGUUUACAGGCAAUUUGAAGAGAGAAUUCUGGUCCAAGUUACUCCGUCUUUGCAGCUCAAUUAAUUACAGAUAACUACACUAUAUGGCCAAAAGUAUGGGGAUGCCUGACCACCACACCCAUAUAUAUAUACUUGAACCCAGUGUUCCGGAUGUGGUUUUUGGCUUUGCUGCAACACUGAUCAGAAUAAUAGUUAUACUGUAAGAUCAAUGAAUGGAUUUUUGUUGUGUAUAUAUGUUCCUUUUAAGAAGUAAGAUGAUGUUUGUAUGACCUGCAAGUCUUUUAUGCAGGAUCACUAUCACAAUCGUGGAUAUACAGUGAAUGGAGCAUUGAGAGAGUAUGUUAUCAGGGGUCUGGGUUUGAUGACCCCUUCACUUUGUUAAAUCUCAUGUUUAAUAUUGCACCAAGUUUAUACUUUCCUUAAUAAUGUUCAAAAAAAUUUCCUUAAUGGAAAUCAUAAACAGGUUUUCUCAUAGUUGUGUAAUUUCUUUUUAAAAUUGUGAAAUGUUAUAUUUAUAAAUAUUCAGAUGCUUUGCUUUGACACUCACAGGUAAGCUCAUCAUAUUAAUCAUCAUUCAUGUUUCUCCAACGUUAUUCAAGUUUACCUGUGGGAUAUUUUGAAUUUAUUAGUCAAAUUACAUUCUGCAGGCAGGGAAAUGUUUUUUCCAAACAUCAUUUCAUUUCAAACAUCAAGGGGGGUCAUCAGGUAGGCACGACAGGGGUAUCUCUUGUCACUUACUGUUACGUUAUCCAAUGUAUUUCUGUUUGCUCUAUGUGCCAUUUGUUUGUCUAUGUUGGUGGUGGGAUGGGUUUCUUUUGUCUCCUCCCCCCUUCUCUAGGCCCUGCCUACUGCAUGCGUACGUUCCGGCUUGCCACUUGACGAUCACGUCUUGUCCACGCCUGCUCCUGCCUUGUGCGACAGGAUUGGUUGGCUGCACGUUUUCGGAAGUGUACUUAAGCCUCGUCAGUCUCCAUCCCGGGGCAGAUCAUUGCCAUUGCUUUGUGUGUAGAGAGAAGUGCUUUUCACCUGUGUAUGACCUUAUACCUGUUUUGACUUUGUUUAUGCUCUGCCCUGUAACGAUUCAUGUGAUACCCCUUGUGUAUAUACGGUAUCUCACAAAAGUGAGUACACCCCUCACAUAUUUGGAAAUAUUUGAUUAUAUCUUUUCAUGUGACAACACUGAAGAAAUGACACUUUGCUACAAUGUAAAGUAGUGAGUGUACAGCUUGUGUAACAGUGUAAAUUUGCUGUCCCCUCAAAAUAACUCAACACACAGCCAUUAAUGUCUAAACCGCUGGCAACAAAAGUGAGUACACCCCUAAGUGAAAAUGUCCAAAUUAUUUUUUAUUAUUAUGUUAAUUAACCCACUAAUAGUCACCUCUGUAAAUGGUGCAUGGUUAAGAGUGGUUUGUAGGAAGUCAGCGCCAUUUAUGUUUAUUCUUCUUUUCUCCUGUUUUUGGGUUAGCUAGGGAGUGAGGGAAGGUGGUGUGUGUUUUUCUUUUCUUGUAGGUUAGUUAGUUUUCUUUGGUGAAGUUAGAGGGAAUUUUUGUUUAUUUUGGCCUGGCCGGCUUCUGAAGAUUUAAACCGUUGCUCUGUUUGGAGAAUAAACUAAACAAAUGCAAUCUUAGUCUCGCCAACCCUUUUUUUAUUAUUAUUAUUAUUUUAUUGUAUGUUGCGGCCCGACCUAGACCAGGUUGUAACAGAAUUGGGGGCUCAGCCUGUGCUUUCCCUCGUUUCGUCCCGUUUCUCUUUUGGCGUGUUUGUCUGGCGGUUUUGUCUUUGUGGUGGGGUGUGUGUGUACAGGUUAUAAGAUAUGGCUACUAAAUUUAACCUGGAUCAGUUUACCGUUUGUCCCACGUUAGAGCAGUUUGAACGAUGCCAUAAGGAUGAUCUGUUGCUCCUUGCGGACUUUUACAGCGUAUCGGUUACACAGAACGCCACUAAGCGAGACAUCAAAAAGCUGCUGUAUGAGGAACUUGUAAAACAGCGAGUCAUGCUUGAGCCUAUCGAGGCGAGUGUCGCAUCAUCGGUCACUGGUUCCCAGGAUCUGGCUGCAGCGAAGUGUCUCUUGCACCUUGUUACAGCCCAGUCUAGGUUGGGCCGCACAGAGUAACCAGCUCAGGAUUCAAACUGAUUGAUCUUUAAAUAAGGGAAUAAAAAUGCAAACAAGGUUGUGUGAAAAAGGAUGUGGUAUAUUGUAACAGACAAUAUAUACAUAUAAUUGUACAAAUAACCAAUCAGGCAUAUCUUCAGGGUGGGUCAAGGCCAAAAUAAUAAACAAAAGGAUUCUAUG